GGCUCUAUUGUGCAAUUGGAGCGGCGAGGUGAAGGCGCAGGCAGGAUGGAGGUGGGUCGCUGCUGCUGCUGCGCGGCGCUCGUAGGGCUGGCGCUUCAGCCGCAGCAGCAGCAGCAGUAGCAGGAGCCAGCCGCCGCCGCCGCCGCCUGCACGGGGGGCUUUGUUUAGUCCGCCCGGCCCGUCGCCCUCCUCUCCCGUGCCUCGCAGCCCAGGCGGGCGGCCCCCACCAUGGAAGCCGGACAGAAGCGGCUGUAGGGGAAAAGGCGAGCCGAGCCAGGAGACGCCGGAGCGAGCGAGCGAGCGAGCGAGAGAGCGAGAGCCAGAGCGCGGCUCGCCCCCCGAGUGUCCUCCUCUCUCCGCCACGCAGAGCGGCCUCAGCUCCGAGCGAGUCUCUCUGCCGCUGUGACAUCGGAGAGGCAGCGAUCGGUCUCCCUAGGUGGCCUUGGAUCCUGCACCCAACCCCUUCGCCUCCCUGUAGCCAAUGACCCCCAUGAACCCAAUGAAACCAUCGCUCCCUCCCACCCCGCAUGGUGAUGGUUCAUAUGCCUACGAGUCAGUUCCUUGGCAACAGAAUACCAAUCAGCCUGCAGGAUCUCUCUCGGUGGUAACCACUGUUUGGGGCGUCAGCAACACAUCCCAAAGCCAGGUUUUUGGAAACCCCAUGGGUCCUGGAGGAAAUACCGCUGGCAAUCCCAUGAUGCCCAGCGUGGCCAGCAGUGGCUCUGGCAUGAACUCACCACAAUUUAUGGGACAGCAGCCUUUCCCUGAGGGUUCAACAGGCAAAGGUUAUGUGCAACCGGGGAUGUACAGUCGUACUUCCUACCCAGGAGGGCCCGGCUUCACCACAAGUUAUGCAGGGAGCCCAAAUGGCCCAGGGGGAAUGGGCAUUCCUUCUCAUACUGCGAGAGCCCCGGCAGACUUCACCCAAGCAGCUGCUGCAGCUGCUGUAGCAGCUGCAGCUGCAACGGCCACGGCCACGGCCACGGCCACAGUUGCUGCCUUGCAAGAAAAGCAGAGCCAGGAGUUGAGUCAGUACGGAGCGAUGGGUACCGGGCAGCCUUUCAACAAUCAAUUCCUCCCUCAUUCGGGGCCUCGGGGACCAACUGUACCGCCCGGGAUGAAUCCAGCCAACAUGUUGAACGCCUCUGGGAUGUCGCCCAUGAACAUGAGCACAGCAAGGACCCCUGCAAUGAGCGCCUUGUAUGCCGGGCAGAGAAUGCCUCAGCACGGCUACCCUACUCCACCACAAGGCCAGCAGAUGCCCCGGCAAAGUGUCAAGAGAACUUAUUCCAGCGAGGGUUAUCCAGGGCAACAAUAUAUCCAAGGUGGCCAGUAUCCCACUCAAGCCGGACAGUACGCCACGAAUGUGCCUCAACCAUCUGCUCCAUCCCCCUCCUAUCCGGGUCACCGUUUGCCACUGCAACAGGGAGUGAGCCAUUAUCUCUCUGCCUCCAGUACUAGCGGCCCAUACUAUAAGCCUACUGAUCAGUUCAAUGGUCAAAAUGCCAAUUUCAAUGGUAGCAACUUCAAUAGCUAUGGACAAGCUACUAUGAAUGGGCCGGCAAGGUCCAUGCCUGGCUACCCAAGCUCUCCUUUACCUGGUAACCCCACACCUCCGAUGACCCCUGGAAGUAAUAUCCCCCCCUACAUGUCCCCAGGACAGGAUGUGAAGUCACCAUUCCUUCCAGACAUCAAACCCAAUAUCAAUUCUUUGCAUCCUUCUCCCUCUGCAGGGAACCCUUGUGACGAGUUGCGUUUGACCUUCCCUGUACGGGAUGGUGUGGUGUUGGAGCCUUUCCGCCUGCAGCACAACUUGGCGGUCAGCAACCAUGUCUUCCAGCUCAGGGACUCUGUUUACAAGACUCUGAUGCUCAGGCCUGACUUAGAGCUGCAGUUUAAAUGCUACCAUCACGAGGACCGACAAAUGAACACCAACUGGCCAGCCUCAGUCCAGGUCAGCGUGAAUGCCACUCCUCUGACCAUCGAGCGGGGAGACAACAAGACUUCACACAAGCCCCUCUACCUAAAGCAGGUCUGCCAGCCCGGCAGGAACACCAUCCAGAUCACAGUCACGGCUUGCUGCUGUUCCCACCUUUUUGUCCUGCAAUUGGUGCACAGGCCUUCGGUACGGUCCGUUUUGCAAGGUUUGAUCAAGAAGCGGCUGCUGCCGGCCGAGCAUUGCAUCACCAAAAUCAAACGCAACUUCAGCAGCGGCACAAUCCCUGGGACUCCGGGUCCAAAUGGCGAAGAUGGUGUGGAGCAGACAGCCAUUAAGGUGUCUCUGAAGUGCCCCAUUACUUUUCGAAGAAUCCAGCUUCCCGCCAGGGGUCACGACUGCAGGCACAUACAGUGCUUCGACUUGGAGUCCUAUUUGCAGCUAAACUGUGAAAGGGGGACGUGGAGAUGUCCUGUUUGCAAUAAAACAGCCUUGUUGGAAGGGCUUGAAGUGGACCAGUACAUGUUGGGAAUCCUGAUUUAUAUUCAAAACUCCGAAUAUGAAGAGAUCACCAUCGACCCGACGUGCAGCUGGAAGCCGGUCCCGAUCAAGCCCGACAUCCACAUCAAGGAGGAACAGGACGGGCCCGUGCUGAAGCGUUGCCGUACCAUGAGUCCUACCCACAUGGUGAUGCCCAGCGUUAUGGAGAUGAUUGCGGCCCUGGGACCGGGGCCCUCGCCUUUUGCAUCUUUGCAGUCCUCUUCUGCUGGGGGUGGCGCCAGCGACUACACCAGCCAAAAUUCAACCUUUUCUGGAACUUACCCAGAUUCAUUCCCCACUGUGAACCCCGGCACCCCGACGUUAAAUGAAUUCAACCCUGGGCCGCCUCCCAUCUCCUACCAGUCUGACAUUCCAGGCAGCCUGCUGACCCCCGAAAAGGCAACUGUUCCUUCCAUCCCUGGACAGAUGCCUCCAUCAAGCAGGAUGGACCCUUCUUCACACAAUCCUGUGCAACAGGGCCUAAACAACCCCAACCUCAGCAAUCAGCCGGGACAGCAGCAGCAGCCACCACCACCACAGCAGCAGCAGCAGCCACAGCUCCAUCACCGGAAUCCCCCUCCUCCUCCCCCACCAUCACGCCAGGCACCAGGACAGCCAGGCACCGGAGGCCCAACACAUGGAGGGGAGCUCCCUUUUAACCCUGGUCCUGGGAUGGGAGCACCACCUGGACCCGUGGAUGGGUCUGAACCUUCCCUUGACCUUCUUCCUGAGCUGACAAACCCAGAUGAGCUGCUGUCCUACUUGGGUCCCCCCGACCUUCCCAAUAAUAGCAAUGAUGAUCUGCUCUCAUUGUUUGAGAACAAUUGAAGCCACCCCGGAUGGAACCUGGGCAUCAUGCUCCACCCACCAUGUAUGCAAUCUCUCUCUCUUCUCUCAUUCUCUCUCUUUCUCUCUCUCUCUCUCUCUCUCACACACACACUCAUACACACAUUUUCACUUACAGUUCAUCCCGUAGCUUCCUAGGCUGUCAUCAAGAGAGAGAUCUCACCAUGUAUCUCGGUGGUGGCCAUGAAGCCCUGCUUUGAAUCAGCUCGAGGGACUUUGGCCAGGCAGCCAUUUCCUUUUGCUAGGAUUGCCUCUUGUCUACAAAAGGGCUCCCCUGGAAGACUAGGAAUGCUUGGUUGACUUGUUUUGAGAAAUCCUCCCAGCCCAGGAGAGAUGGUGCUGCUGCUGCUGAUGGCGACCGUUCCUGAAAAAUGGGUUUUUAUCAUGUUGCUCAGGCCAAAUCAGGUACCGGGCAUUGUCUUGUUUCUAAUAAUAUUCCCAAGAUAACUCUCACAAACCUGCAGCCAGGGAGGGAGAAAUGCAUCUGGAUAGCCUUUGGAAAUGUUAGUGGAACUGACAGCUCCCUUCACGGGCGCCAUUCUUGAUAUCUUGAGAUGAGCAAGUUUGCCUGAUCGUCUGAAGCCAUGGAAUGAAAUUGACGCCGCGCACGUCACCCACUUUCCUUGUGGAUUUUAAAGAACAAACUCCAAGGAAUAGCAGAGCUCCACCACACCGAGAGAAAGCAGAUAAAGCUUGCCUGCUCUUAUCUGUCCCUGCAUCUGGAGCCCUCCUCCCCAUGAGCUACAGUAGUUCUUCCUGUCCUCUACAGCCUUGAGACGGACAGAGCAGCAGUUCAUCUAGCGGCUUACAGCAUCAUGGUGAGAGCAACGCCAAAUCCAGAUCAGCAACCCGCCCACGGUCUCUUUCUUCAAAAAAAAAAAAAAAAGGAGGCUAUUGUUCCCCACAGAAGGACCCCGGGCGAAUUCAAGCUAGGAAAUAAUCCCCUGUGACUUCCCAUUGACUGCAAAAGUGAAGAGACGCGUCUCUGACCGAAAGAACCGAAAGCUCAGAUACAGCCUGACAGAUUUGCCUCCGUCAGUUGAUGGAUCCAUCUACAAGCACAACAAUGUACAUAAUGUAGAAACACUAAAGCAAACAAACAAAAAAUAAAAUAAAAGUGAGGGUGGGAGGAAACGAAGGUGGGAAGGAUGGGAAGGAAUAUGCUUCAAAAACUCAUCACACUCGUUGUAUAGUCUCAUGAGGGCUCCCCAGGCGUGGGGUGAAGGUCCUCUGUAUAAAUGUGCAUAAGCUUCCCUAGAUUGUAAUAUAGACCAUUCCACGUGGGACAGAGAGCACCAUCCAGAGACGUGAUGCUUUUAGCCAUAGCUGGGGCCUGCCCCUUGCAUUUGACCUGUGGGGAUCCCACCAGAGGAGGGUCUGGAUGCCGAGGUUUUAUUCAUUUUGAUCCCGAGCCCCCGAAAGUUAAGUGGCAACGAGACAAAUCCAAAAACUAAGUUUUAAAAUAUGUGUGUGUGUUGGCCUUCCGUCCCCUUCCAUCCUGCCCAGGAACCUACUUUGGUUGAGGUUGCAUUUGGGAUGGUGGCGAAGAGGUCCCCAAUGUGAUCUGUCUGUGAAGAAUCAAGCCAUUGUUUGUGGCCAGGUUUCCUGAGCCAGGGAGUCCCUGUGUCCAAGUGCUGACAGCUCUGUUGACUUUUGUGUAUCUUGUUUCAUUAUUGCUAUAUAUUAAAGGAUUCUUUUUGGUGGGGCUCACCAAAUAUCUUUUGUGGGCCGUUGA